AUGAUGCACUACGGCAGCGCUGGUAAUAUAAACGACCGUUGGUUCAGUCAUGAGCCGCCACACCAUCAUCAGGCAAUCCGAGAUCGUACCGCGAGUCCUGCGUAUUCCUCACUGGAUAGACAUCGAGAUGACUACAAUCGUUAUGAGACGGCAAGACAUAGCCAUACGAAGAAUAUUCAACGAACACGACACGAUGAAGAAAGUGAUCGCAGUCGCUUCUCGGGUUACGGGGAUAGACCGGGAUCAGGCGUCGAAUUUGCACCGUCCAAAUGGCAUGGUGGGGAGAUCAUCACGGAUCGUCGGCAACUACCGAAGUCAUUGAAACCACGACGCAUCUAUUAUUCACCGAUUGGCGAUGGCGUUGUGGCCGCAGAUGGUUUGGAGAUGAAGCGACAACCCAAAGAUAUGUCACCACGAAUAUCAGUGACACAAACACGUGUCGUCGAGAGGGGUGCUGAUCCGGGCAGAGAUGGCUACAAUCUUUAUGAGAAACACCUUACGCAUAGUGGUGCUGCUAACGAAUACGAUAGUGAAUAUGGUGGUGCUGGUGGCGGCGGUACGAGUGGUCGAAAUUCACGCAGUACUGGAGCGUUUUCACCGAGUGGAGAUAGUUAUGUUGGGAUGGGCGGUGGUGCUGGUACGCUGCAGUAUUCACCGGGUUCGGUAGGUGCUGCUAGUGGUGGCGCUGGUGCUCUAGCAGGAGCUGCACCUGGACAUGGAUCUGAAUCUGGGCUUGGGUCUGGGCAGCUACCUGGGCCUCCCAGAGGAGAGUAUCAUCGGUCAGGCGCAGUCACCCCAAAGCAUGUGCAGCAUGCUCCGCCAUCCAAUUAUCAUCAUGCACAACGGGAACGAGACUACGGAAACGAACCACUUGGAGACAUCUAUCCGCUGAGUGGCUCUGCGUCAUGUGCGCCCAGAUAUAUGCCAGCUGGUGGUGGCAUUACUGGUAGUGGUGUUGGACGAUUUUAUAGUAGUAAUACACCAACUCCAACAAAUAGUCCAUUAGCUGCAGUGUACGGCAGUAGCGCGCCUGCAUCAAACUACACAACGUUGGCAUCUCGUGCAGCUGCCGGAACUGCGGAUCAUCCAUCGGCCACCUUUCAUUCAGCACAUCAUUCCGAGAGUUGCUACACAUCGGAUUACAAAGCAACUAGAUCGCGAAGUCAUGAUCCUGCAACGGAUGGUUUUGAUGGCUUAAGUGCUGCUGGUGGAUAUGCUGGUAGUGGUGGUGGUGGUGCUGGAGGACCUCAUUAUUAUGGUGGAGCGGGCAUGGAUGGACGAUCGAGUGCCGCAUCAGGUUAUUCGUACUCACUGAGGACGGACUCACCGCGACGAUACGAUACGCUCAGCACAGAUUAUCUGAUAACAAAUCCUCGUGAGCUGAUCCAUCAAUACGCGACAACUACGCCGGUGGCUGUGCUCGAUGUGAAUAAUGCGAACGACAGCUUAUCUCGAGGAGAUGCUCGAGCAGCCGCAUAUACAAACUCAAUGGCAGCGACAACGACUGAAGAGAGAUACGCACCGUAUCCGCCCUACAGAGAUUUGACGAUAUCGCAACGUGAGGCGAAUCGUCACAUGGAGCCGCUGAAUCCAAAAGGAUCAAAUUACGAGCAGAAAAUUUACGAGCUCCGUAAUCGAACCACAACGAAAGGAGGAACGAAUAUGGGUGACGAAAUCGACUAUUUAACUGAAAGAAUGAUGUACGGAUUGCAGACUGGUCAUCCCACACCGCCACAAUUAUAA